AUGGCGAAUAAAAAGAUUACUCCAGACACCUUUGUAGGAGAAAAGAGAGGCAUGGGAGACCAGAGCCCAGGCAGCUUGGUGGGGCCUGUUACCCUGGCUUUUAUAGUGGUGGUAACGCUCACCUGUGACUCCUGGGGCCAAGAAGGUGGGGGUGGAAAGCGGUCAGUGAAAGGCUACUUGGCCCUGUGGACUGUGGCUGGAGGACCCCCUACCUAUGAAGCCACAGAGCAGGAUCCUCUGAGCUCUGAGGAAAUGGAGGAUUACUGCAGGGGCUCUUUGCUCUCCCAUCUCCCCUCCCUGCUCUUCCUCUUCCAGCUGCCUGCUGGGGGCUCUGCAGAGGAGUUUAUUGUGAUUGGCCCCUCGGAACCCAUUGUGGCAGUGCUGGGUGGGGACACCAUGCUGCCUUGUCAUGUGUCCCCUGUGAUGGAUGUGGAGAAUAUGGAGCUGCGGUGGUUCCGCUCCAAGUUCUCAGAAGCAGUGUUCAUCUAUCAAAACCAGCAGGAGCAGACAGAAGAGCAGUUGGCUCAGUACAGAGGGCGAACCUCACUGGUGAAGGAUUUCCUCACCCAGGGGGAGGCUGCAGUGAGCAUCCACAAUGUCCAGGCUUUUGACAACGGGCUGUAUACCUGCUUCUUCAGAAAGGGAAUCUUCUAUGAAGAGGCCAGUUUGGAACUGAAGGUGGCAGGUGUGGGCUCUGCCCCUCAAGUGCACAUCACAGGGCCAGAGGAGGACGGGGUCCGAGUUGUGUGCAUGGCCUCGGGGUGGUUCCCAAAGCCCCAAGUGCAGUGGAGAGCUCUAAGCGGAGAGAAGUUCCUGACGUUCUCUGAGACCCAAGCCCAAGAUGCUGAAGGGCUGUUCACCAUAAAGGCAACUCUUGUGGUGAAGGACAGUUCUUCUGGGAAUGUGACCUGCUCAGUCCUCAACCCCAUAUUGGGCCAGGAGAAGGCAAUGGCCAUUUUCAUCCCAGAACCCUUCUUCCCUCAGACUUCUCCUUGGAAGCUGGCUUUCAUGGUGAUCCUGACUGUGCUGAUGCUCCUACUCCUUGGGGCUGUCUUCUACAUCAUGAGAGAACAUACUGCAAAGCUCCAGCAGAGGCAGGAAUGGGAGAAACUGCACAGAGAAAAGGAGGAGGACCGGCAGAUAAAGGAGGAGGCACUGAAGGCCAGAGAUGAACUCCAGGAAGAACUUGACUGGAGGAAAUCUGUUUACCUGGCUGCCUUGAAGAAGGCAAAACUGUAUGCAGAUUGGCGGAAGGAGAAGUUCCAGGCCUUGACUGUUAAACUGGAUCCAGAGUCUGCCGAUAAAAGCCUUGCUGUCUCUGAUGACAAGACUAGUGUGACCUUCAAGCACUCAUCCAGUGGCUCAGAAGAUGGAGUCUAUAGUGUCUUGGGUCAUGAAGGCAUCACAUCAGGGUGCUGUUACUGGGAGGUGGAGAUCAGGCAUACAGUUAAAAGUGAGUGGGCGCUGGGGGUCUGUAGGAGAGAUGUGGAGAGGAAAGGCUGGUACCAGGAAUCCCCAGAAAAGGGGUUCUGGAUUGUGGGGAUGUAUGAAAAUAAAUUCUGUUCCCUCCCUGCUAAUGGAGAACACGUGCCAAUUCCCCAGAAGGUAGGGGUUUUCCUGGACCUAAAGGAAGGGGAUGUGUCAUUCUACAACAUGACUGAUGGUUCUCACCUUUUCUCCUUCUCUCUUGCUUCCUCCUCUGGGACUCUGUUUCCAUACUUCAGGUUGAGGUCAGGAGAUGUGUCCCUGACCAUCUGCUCUAGGGUGGGUGGGCCUGUGCAGACCCCUUUACCUAUUAACAACCCUCUUUGUUCUUCAGAGGAGCCGGUGAGCCUCUCAGGGCUGGGGCUCAGUUCAGGCUGUGGUGUUGAUGGUGAUCACCCAGGGGCUGAAUCUCCAUUACUCCCCUGUGGUCCUGAAGCUAUGUCCCCAUAAUGCUCUAACCCUGUCCCAGAUUCCUCAUGGUGGCUCCUCCUGGAGCUGCGGAUUCCCAGGGGUA